AUGUCGCCUCGACCGAGGAGCCUAUCCGUGGAUUCCAGGGACGAGAGAGAUCACAGAGCCUGCUCCCCGGCUCCUGGGGUUACCCAAUGUCACGAGCCUUGUUCCUCGUCCAGCCCUUACACAAUGAGACCUCCAUUGGACAGGAGUCUAGCACAGGACGAUACCGACGACGAAGACUUGGACGAGGAUCCUGAAAUAGACCCGGGACAAGAGGACUGCUCGGAGGUGCUAAAAGACCCGGAACCGGACCCGCUGCCGAUGCCCCAGCUGCAGAUAAGGCGCGACCUGCACCGCGCGCCCACCCCCAAGUCCAGCACGGUGACGAGCGAGCUCCAGGAGGGCGGGUUCGCGCCGGCGCCUUCCCGCAAGCGGCACUUCGACCAGGACAGGCCGCCCUUCGGGGCGAUGCGACCGCUGUCGCCGCCGCCCAACCUCAGGGGCUACCAUCCGGCCAUGAGGGGCAACCCGGGCGUGUUGAUGGGCGCCCAAGUGGGCCUCAGGCCGCCCGAUACUGGGAGCUCGGUGUUCAGGCCGGGGUUGUUGAGGAGCGCCCAUCAGGACGUCGGGGGUAAUAACGUCGCUAGUGAUUUGAGUAUGAAGAAGAGCGAACCGCCGCCGCCGCAGCCGCCUCCUCAGAACCCGCCGCCGCACCGGAUGACCGGGUUUACUAUAGCUGAUAUUAUGGGGAGAUAG